UUCUUGUUCUGUAUGUUGAAUUCAGAAUGCCAUUAGUGAAACGAAACAUAGAGCCUAGGCAUCUGUGCCAUACAGUGCUACCGGGAAGUAUUCGGAAUGAACUGGAGUGUGUGACUAACAUUUCUUUGGCAAAUGUAAUCCGACAGCUGAGCAGCCUCAGCAAAUAUGCAGAAGAUAUAUUUGGGGAGCUAUUCAAUGAAGCUCAUAGUUUCUCCUUCAGGGUUAAUUCUUUGCAGGAGCGCGUUGACCGUCUUUCAGUUAGUGUGACUCAGCUGGAUCCAAAAGAGGAGGAACUGUCGCUGCAAGAUAUUACAAUGAGGAAAGCCUUCCGAAGUUCCACAAUUCAGGACCAGCAGCUGUUUGACCGCAAGUCGUUGCCUAUUCCAUUAUUGGAAACUUACAGCACAUGUGAAAAACCACCACCGCUUAAUAUCCUUUCUUCGUACAGAGACGAUGGCAAAGAUGGUUUGAAGUUUUACACAAAUCCUUCAUAUUUCUUUGAUUUGUGGAAAGAAAAGAUGUUGCAAGACACCGAAGAGAAGAGGAAAGAACGAAAACUAAAGAAACCAAUAGAUCGGCCCCGAGAACCAGACCGAAUACCAAGAAUGCCCCAGGACAGACGAAAGGGUGGAAAGCAAGCCCUGGGCGCAGAAUUUUCAGCUGAUGAUCGAGAUUUUCUUCAGAAAAACCGAGAUAAUAUCAAUGGACCACCAUUAUACUCUGAGCUAAGGCAGGACCCUUGUGCUGACUAUUCAGAUGACCAUCUUCUACACCUUGUACACUCAACAAUACCAAUUAGUCAUAUUACUGAUCCUUCCAUUGGAAUGGGGGAUAAAAUAUUUGUUUCAAGACCUCACGAGCCACCUCCACCUCCACCAGUGCAGACUGUGACUGAUGUGAAACCGGUCCCACCAGUCUUUAGUUUGAAUGCCGAUUUGAUGGAUCAUCAUCUUCGAUCUCCAGUUACCAGCAAGGCAACCGUAAUUAUGAGCCCUGCUGUUCCGCCUCCCCCUCCUCCACUACCACCCCCACCACCUCCUCUUCCUCUCACAGGAGCUUCAGUCAGAACCACCAUCACCUCAACACCUCCACUUGCUCCUAUGCUGCAACAGCCAAUGGUAUCUGUGCCACCACCAGCAACACCUCUUCAGAUUGCCCCUGGAGUACUUCAUCCUGCUGCUCCUCCAGUAGCACCCCCAUUGAUCAAGCCUUCCCUUCCAGUUUCUGCCCCGUCGCAUGGAGCUGAUGUGAUGACUACCUUUCCAGUUCAAACAAGUAAAGGACAAGGGCUGCCACCACCACCCCCACCACCACCACCCCCUCCUCCAUCUGGACCACGAUCCUUUUCUCCCCUUGUCGUAGGACCUGUCCCACCACCACCAGGUCCACCACCACCAUCUUUUGGUUCCAGACCAGCAGUUCCGUUGGUCCCACCAUCAUCUCCUUCUCAAGCAGGAUCUGAUGCUAAACGACAUCCGUCUUCCCUGCCUGUGAUUAGUGAUGCUAGGAGUGUUCUGCUUGAAGCAAUACGUAAAGGCAUUCAGCUUCGCAAGGUGGAAGAGCAGCGUGAGCAGGAGGCGAAACACGAACAAGUUGGUAAUGACGUAGCAACAAUUCUGUCUCGACGUAUUGCUGUGGAGUACAGUGACUCAGAGGAUGAUUCUGAAUUUGAUGAAGUGGACUGGUUGGAAUAGUGCUCCAAACUAACUUUGUACAGUGUGGAAUUUGAUGUUGGACAUUCACUGUGGCACUCAAUCCAUAGGAAUGUGUGUAUAUUUCAUAGUGGGGAGACGGGGAUGUUUUGUGUUUGCAGUAUGUGUAACACUACAGAUUUAAUUGGGACACCAAGCAUUUUCCUGGGAUUUUCUACUUCUGGUUCAUUGCAUCUUACUAGUUUUUUUAAUACAGACUAGAUGUUUUCCAUGUUGGUUACAGUUCUGUGGAGCGUUUUGUUUUGUAUGUUUGUAGAACAAAGGCAAACCCCUAAAGUAUUAAACCUAGGCUACUGGACACUAACACAGCGGCUCUGAAAUGUUUGUCUUGCGCUGUGUGAGAGCUCUCAGUCUUUGUGUUCUAAAAGUCAAAAAGAGCAGCUCGGGUUACACUAUGAAGCACAUUAGGAACACUAUUUGUAAGAUUGGCCUUGCACUAUAGUUGCUUCUGAUGUGAAGAGACAACAUAUCCCAUCAAAUAUUGCCUAUGUCAGUACUGUGUAAACAACCAUAUGCACUAACAUACCAUUAUAAGUAAAUGGACUGCCUGUAAUAAAUAGAAGUCAUUGAUCCAUUGUGGUGACUUGCCUUACUCCAUUAUUCAUAAUUUAAUUGCAACUCUUUGUUUGAAUGUACUAUUUUGCCUGCACACUAAGUGUUCAUCUGUGAAAACUACUGAUUAGAAGCCACUGCAUCACAUAUUUAACCUCAAGUGAUAUGAAAAUAAGUUUUCCUGAUGUUUGCUGUAUUUAAUAAAUUGAAAUUUGUUUGAAAUGUU